UUGGUGACGUCACUCGUGAGGGAAUGAAUGAAGCGUCAUCCUUCAGGAGCAGCUUUUGCAGCGCGAGGCCUCACUGCACGCGCAAACACGUCACUAGAUAGGACUUAUUACAUUUAUUAACCUCCAAAUCACAACAUAUAAACGCAAGACAAUGUGGAGCGCCGGAGCGGUGAGUUUAGUGCUGAUCUCGUGCCUCUUCUGCGCGUCGGUGAGCGCGGACGGGCUGGUGAACGAGGACGUGAAGCGCACGCUGGAUCUGAGCACUCACCUCGGGAAGAUCACAGCCGAGAUUCAGCUCGCGAAUCACGGGGCGUCGCGAGCGCACAGUUUCACGCUCGCGCUGGAGCCCGAGCUCGCGCCGCAUCUGGCCUUCAUCGGUGCAUCUGUAAAGGGGGAGGAAGAGGAGGAUGAAAGCCUAGAGCUGAAAGAGAAAACUAUCCAUGGACAAAGUGGUAAAUUCUUCGAGGCACAGCUGCCGUCUCCUCUCGCUCCGGGGGCUAAGCUGCGGGUGAAGGUUGAGACGGUGUUCAGUCACGUGCUGAAGCCUUUCCCCACCCAGAUCACCCAGGCCGAGCGGCAGCUGGUGGUCUUCCAGGGGAACCACUACCUGUUCUCCCCGUACCCCACCCGCUCCCAGACCACCCGUGUGCGCCUGGCCUCCAAAACCGUGGAGACCUACACCAAACUGGGCAACCCCUCCAAGAGCGACGAGGCCAUUGAGUAUGGGCCGUUCAGAGAUGUACCUCCCUUCAGCCAGGAUGCCAUGAAGAUCCACUAUGAGAACAACACACCCUUCCUCACCAUCAGCAGCAUCACUCGAACCAUCGAGGUGUCUCACUGGGGCAACAUCGCCGUGGAGGAGACCGUCGAUCUGAGACACACUGGUGCCUACCUGAAGGGGCCCUUCUCCCGCUACGACUACCAGAGACAGUCUGACAGCGGCAUCUCCUCAGUCAAAUCUUUCAAGACCAUCCUCCCAGCCUCUGCUCAGGACGUGUACUACCGCGACGAGAUCGGGAACAUCUCCACCUCUCACCUCCAAGUUCUAGAUGAUUCCGUAGAGGUUGAAAUCCGUCCCCGUUUCCCGCUGUUCGGUGGCUGGAAAACACAUUACAUGAUUGGUUAUAAUCUUCCCAGCUAUGAAUAUCUCUACAAUCUGGGAGACCAGUAUGCCCUGAAGAUGCGUCUGGUCGAUCAUGUCUAUGAUGAUCAGGUUAUCGACCAGCUAACUGUGAAACUGAUCCUUCCUGAAGGAGCCAAAAAUAUCCACAUGGACACCCCCUACCCCAUCACCCGCAGUCAGGACGAGCUGCAUUACACUUACCUGGACACCUUCGGCAGACCUGUGCUGGUGGCCACCAAGAACAAUCUGGUGGAGCAGCACAUUCAGGACGUUGUGGUUCACUAUAACUUCAAUAAGAUCCUGAUGCUGCAGGAGCCGUUGUUAGUGGUGGGAGCGUUCUACAUCCUCUUUUUCACAGUCAUCAUCUACGUGCGCCUCGACUUCUCCAUCACCAAGGAUCCCGCAGCAGAGGUGCGUAUGAAGGUGGCCUCCAUCACAGAGCAGGUCUUGACUCUGGUCAACAAGCGUCUAGGCCUGUACCGCCACAUGGAUGAAGUGGUGAACCGCUACAAGCAAUCCCGGGACACCGGAGCCCUAAACAGCGGCCGCAAGACUCUAGAGGCUGAACACCGCACCCUCACCAAUGACAUCACUGCUUUACAAGCCCGUCUCAAGGCAGAGGGCUCCGAUCUGGCUGAAAAAGUUGGUGAGAUACAGAAGCUGGACGGCCAGCUGAAGGAUCUGGUGUGCCGAUCCUGUCAGGAAGCUGAGCGGCUGGUGGCCGGAAAGGUGAAGAAGGACGCCUACAUCGACUCGGAUAAAACCCUGGCGGGCAAGAGGCAAGAGCUGGUCAGCCGCAUCGACAGCCUUCUGGACGCCUUGUAAAUCCAACAUCACUCACACCGGACUGGCAGAUCAACUGUACACUCGCAUACAACAUGCCUCAUUCUGUGAACGUCAUGUCGGUGCCUUUGUAGGC